AGCACCAUCAUCUCGCCGAGAACGUCGAAACAAGAAAUUCAUCCAAAAUCAGUCGGACGUUGAAUUGACAAUGGCGCAGAAAUCGCGACAGAUAAUAGCCACGCGCGGCGAGCACCAAACGUCCUCCAUACACAAACUCCCCAACGAGCUCGUCGGCAUUAUACUGUCGGUCUCUAUACCCUCGGCCCUUGCUGAUCCCCAACCUGGCUCAAUCGAAGCCCACCGCGAUCUUCUGAGGCGAAGUCGCACACGCGACUACCCGCGACUCCUUGGCCAGGUUUGUCGGAAGUGGCGCGCCCUCGUACGCAGAAACGCCACUGUGUGGUCGUACAUUCAUGUCCGCGCUGCAUGCUAUCCCAAGUCCGAAUUCUCGCCCAAGGACUACGAGGAGCCCCUCGCACUGUCUGGAAAGGAACCUUUGACGCUGGUGUUCGUGCUGAAGCACAUGUCUAUCGAGAAGAUCCUCUCCUCUCCGCCGUUCGCGCAGCACAUCUCUCGCAUACGCAUGCUCUGCAUACACGUCCAGCGGCUUCACAUAGGGGAGCACCUCUUUCCUAUCUUUGCGAGGACUGCGACGACGCCGACACUCGAGACGCUUCGAAUCUACGGCAUUAAUCUCGCCGAGCUGCCUUGGGAGGAGAAAAGGCGAAGAACGAUCCUGAACUCUGCGCCUCGUCUGACGGAGUUCUCCAUGGUGGGCGUUUGGGAACGUGGACAGGAUGCCAUGCCCCUUGCCAGCCUAGGACGCGCUGCUGGUAUCGACUGGUCGCGUCUUACUGUGCUGCGUCUACCGGAUGUACCUCGCUGGGCAUACGACCUGCUCGUGGUCGUCUCGUCUGCGCCCCGACUUCGCGCAUUUCAGUGCACGGCAUUCGGCGAAAUAGAGGAUGACUCCAUCAUCGAGCCCGAGUUCAAGGAGUACGUGAGCGAAUGCGAAUCCAGCGACGCAGAGGAGGCAUACAACGACAGUAUUACAGAGGAAGAACGUCAGCAAGCAGCGGCGCGCGCUCGACAACGGCAGAAAAAGAUGGACAUCUUGCGGAAGCAGCGAGCCGUCAUGGGACCGCACGUACUGGAAUACCUCGAGGAACUGCAUCUAUCUGUUGGCCACGAGGGCAUGGAAUCGUACGGUGACGCCGCCGAUGAAGAAAUGGGGGUGGUGAAAUUCCUCGAAGCGCUCAAUACUCCGGCUUUGACCAAGCUUACCAUUUCGGCGGCAAAUGGCUUGGCGCUGGACGAGAGUUAUGCCUACGAUGACGCGCCUACCCCAGAGACGCUCUUGGAUGCGCAAGAGAAUGGGACCGACCCCUUCUUACUCGAGCCGCACCUCAGCGCGUUGAUCUCGCGAUCCGGAUGCAUCAUCCGUCAUCUCGCGCUUUCGCGCGUCUUCGUCACUCUUCCUGAACUCCUCUCCAUCGUCAAGCUCUGUCCCGACAUUCGCUCGCUACACCUUAACGACGCUCUGCGCUGGAUGCGAGGCACUUUGAUUAAUGGUCUUGCCACACGCACAGACGAAGAUGGUCGCCUUCUCGCACCCAAACUCCAGCAUCUCGUGAUCGAGAGCAUCGACCAGAGCACGUAUGCUGGCUUUCCUAUCAGUGCCGUCCUCGACAUGGUCGACGCCCGUUGGCCUGCGGGCUCGAGCGAUAGCAUGUCCGGCCCGGUCCGCGUGGAGGUCGUGCACUGCCCGAGUGACGAGUAUGAGGAAGGGACGUCCAAGGGAGUCGCGCAGGAGCGCAUGCGCAGCAGGCUUGCCGAUACGCAAGCCCGGAAAGACCUUCAGCUGGUUAUCAGAGAGCUGGAGCGGGAUAAAGGCUUACAAGGUGCGCUCGAGACCUCCAGAGGAUAGCAUGCUGGCAUAAAAGUAUAAUGCUGUACUCGUCGUAAUGUUAGAAUAAACUCCAGCACGCACAUUCUGGUUCCGCC